UGAGAAAUAUUUAUAAGGAACGAACAGCAUAGAGACGCGUAGAACUACGGCAAGAGAGGCUCGGAACUGGGAAGAGGAGAUGCGGGGCGAUGAGGCGAGAAGGCUUUUAGGGUUCUCACCCAAUUCUCGCCCCACCACUUCUCAGGUAAAGGCUGCAUAUAGAAGGAAAGCUAUGGAGUCUCACCCUGAUCUGUUUCCACCACACGAGAAAUUUCAAUCUGAAGCUAAAUUUAAACUGAUUUCAGAAGCAUACUCAUCUCUACGGGCUGGCUCAAGAUCUGGAAGUCCGAUGGGAGCUACAUCUGUACGUGUUGUAAGAACUGGAGUCCCUACUGGGUAUAGGAGAUCCAAUCCAGUUUUGCUAAAGGCACCAUUUCUCCUCAUCAUUCUCGGGACAGUUUCCCUCGGUGGCUUGAAUGCUAUGAGGGCAUACCAAAGGCAAAAGGAGGCAUAUCCCUCUUUCAAUCCAUUUCUUCCAUGAACGAACCACGUUUGUAAAAUUGUUCACGGGCAAUUACAACAGGAAAAUAAAUGCCUACAAUUGUCCCCUAGAAGUUAUUUAGCUGGGGUUGAACUAGAAGAUGCCAGCUUACUUUGCUGAUAAGUCUCUUUGUUUUUGUAUUGCUGGUCUCCCACUUCAUCUGGGUUGGGGUUGUGGAUUGUAUAGCCCAUUGUCUAUGUAACAAUUUUUACCAAUGAAAGUUGGUGGACUUCAAAAAUCUCUUCAAACCAGAAACAACUAUCUUAGCUAAAUUAAAUAAGGUGUUUUAUUUUUAUUUUUU